AUGGAGCCUGAUGAGACUACCUUGAAUCAGGAUGUCAUCGACAAGAUCCCCCAGAGUUCUACACCUCCGCUGCGCAUGAACGACGAGGACACGGCACAAACAGACAUUUUUCACAACCAUCAACGCCUUGUUGAUUGGGUGCUCGAGAACGAUGGAUACUUGCACCCGCACGCUCAGAUCGCCUUCAGCUCGCGCAAAGGAUACCAUGCUGUCGUCGCUGAGGGGCAUUCCCUAGUGAGUGGAACGCGUGUUGCGAGUUGCCCGAUGCCCAUCACGUUGUCAGUGCUCAAUGCCUUUGACAUCCACCCCUUUUCAAAUCAUGGCACGAGCUUUCCGGGACCUUUCCUAGACACCCAGUCGAGGAGACCCGAGUCUCUUCAGGCCUUUUUUCUGAUGGAGCAACUGAUCCUUGGGGCGCAGUCCUGGUGGGCUCCCUACAUUGCGACAUUGCCCACGGUGGAGGACAUCACCGCCAUGCAAUUCGAGGACGAGGCCGAUAUUGCGUGGCUGGAGGGGACCAACCUCAAAGGCGGAUUCUCCACGCAAGCUGCUAAAUGGGAAGACAUGUAUCUGAAGGGGUUGGCCCAUUUGAAGGAACUAGGAUGGCCCAAUGCGCUGAAUGAAUCAUACACAUGGCCUCGCUUCCGUUGGGCGGCUACCAUUUUUGGAAGCCGUUCCUUCACCUCACAGGUGCUCGAUGCUACUCGUCCCGCGGACCUCGCCACCAUCCAUCGCCGAACAACGCCUUACGACCUCGUCAAGCUCUUUGGAGACCGCUUCGCAGUGCUACUCCCACUCCUCGACCUCCUCAAUCACAAACCCGCCGCGCAGGUCGAAUGGCAAGCCCAGUACCAUUUUGUCGGGCUGCAGAUCCUCGAGACCUACGAGUCUGGGAAGGAGCUUUGCAACAACUACGGUCCCCGAGACAACGAGGGCCUUCUUCUUGCGUAUGGCUUCACGAUCCAAAACAACCCGUUCGAUCAUCUUGUCGUCAGCAUCAAAGCGCCGUCUGGAUCGCCGUUGGAUGUCGCCCGCCGGACAUGGAAACAGGACAUCAGAUCAGAUCCUGAGAGGAGAUGUUUCUUAUUCAACCACCAACAUCCUGAGUCGACGUCAGCCCACGCGCUAGAAUCGUCACUCUUCUCGUUUGACUUGUUGGACAGUAUUUCCAUUCUGUGCGCCAACGACCGCGAAAUGCAGAGCAUGGUGACGAGAAAUCAGUCGUUGAUGAGCUACUGUCUCGCAGACAAGCCUCGCUUUCCGGACCGCCGCAUCAUAUUGGAGACCUUGAGCCAACUUCUGAGAGAAUGUAAUGCUCGUGCUGAAAGGUUGAGAACCACUGAUCCCCGUCGAACUAUUGCGGGUCUGGAGCCCGCCAAUGCAAUGCAACAGAACGCCCGGGUUUAUCGGGAGAGUCAACUGGAAAUCGUCGAAACAGCCGUGGCGCUCUGCAAUUUUGUGCUGAAAAGCGCCAUCAAAGGGACCGAUGAAGCGGAACAAAUGUUGACCAGGAUGCAAGGCCAGGUUUCAUGUUCUGCCCUGGCGAAUAUGAGACACCUGACCAAAAGACACGCCCGGCUCACUCGCCCCUUUGAGCUUCUUAGUCUGGAUGGCCUGAUCGAGAUGAUUCCUAAUUCUGAAUGUGUCCGGAAAUGCUUGGCUACGUUGAGUCAACAACUUCAGAGCAACGCCGAUGGUAAGGGGUCAUCUGAUGGUUCGAACCCGACGAGCUUCACUAGAAGCGGACUUGCAGUCACUCUCUCGGCGCUAUACAGCGAAUAUGCCCACGGCGUCAAAUUCCCACACAGAAUCACCGAAUGGGUCAAACAGCUGACCACAUGGUAUCCUCCGGACAGUGACUCUUGGGCGUAUGUACCGAGUCCUGGACCUUGGGCACCCGGAGAGGAACCUCCGUCAGAGCUGAUGGACCUACUCGCGGCACGAGCUGCAUUGUCUCCAACCAUAGCGGUCGAGUCGAGCGUCAAACGAUGGCUGAAACCAGAGGGGAUAUGUUGGGGGUGGAAUGUCAUGGAAGAAGAGAAAGUCAUUGUUCCCUCGUAUCUCGCAGAGGAAGAUUCCAAGGGAGUCGGAGACGGCAUAUCGCUUUUGAUUUACUGGCAGCAGUUCUAG